AUGCGUUUUCAUAUGAAACAUCAUUUUGGUUCACUCUGUAUUGGAGGAACUGUCUCCUCUUAUGUGGGAUUUUUUAAUUUGGAGCCAACUGGUGAAAUUGUGUUAUUGGGAAGUUUAAAAGUAAUCGAAAAUGCAAUAUCUCCAACACCAUCAUCACUUGAUGAAGAAAGCUCGUCCAAGAAGCUGCUUCCAUCGGCCUUGUUCUUUUUCAUUGGGGGGUUAAUCGUGCUCCUAAUCUUGCUGAUCAUUUUAUUUCUCUUCUGGAAAUUUAUCAGACCAGCACAGCUUAGAAAGUCGAAGAAGUGUGAAAACAGCUGCAAAGCUAGCUUUUGUCUUGUGGUUUUAAAAGUUCAUUUCGGUGGGAAUCUUUGGACAAUAAGCUAUUUUAGAUUCAAAGCAUUGAAGAAGGCGACUAAGAACUUCCAUGAAUGUAAUCUUCUUGGAAAAGGUGGAUUUGGGCCAGUCUAUCUGGGUAAAUUACAAGACGGGAGACGAGUUGCUGUGAAGAAAUUGUCUCUAGAUAAAUCACAAGGAGAGGCAGAGUUCCUUGCAGAGGUGAGGAUAAUCACUAGCAUACAACACAAGAACCUUGUCCGCCUUCUUGGUUGCUGUUCCGAGGGACCUCAGAGGCUACUUGUGUAUGAAUACAUGAAGAACAGGAGUCUGGAUCUCAUUAUAUAUGGCAAAAAUGAUCAGUACCUGAACUGGAGCACUCGGUUCCAAAUAAUUUUGGGUAUUGCUCGGGGAUUGCAGUACCUACACGAAGACUCACACACCAGGAUUGUGCACAGUGAUAUCAAAGCCAGCAACAUUCUUCUAACUGGCAACUUUCAACCACGAAUUGGAGACUUUGGCUUGGCGAGGUUCUUCCCUGAGGAUGAAGCUUAUCUCAGCACUGCAUUUGCUGGAACAUUAGGAUAUACUGCCCCUGAAUAUGCCAUUAAAGGAGAACUAUCCGAAAAGGCCGACAUUUACAGUUUCGGAGUUCUGGUGCUUGAAAUCAUUAGCUGCAGGAAAAAUACCGAUCUUACUUUACCAUCAGAAAUGCAAUACCUUCCUGAAUAUGCAUGGAAGCUGUACGAAAGAUCAAAGAUGAUCGAUCUCAUAGAUCCAAGAAUGCAGAAUGAUGGUUUUGUGGAGAAAGAAGUAAUGCAAACAAUUCUCGUGGCUCUAUUAUGUCUUCAGCCUCAAGCAAAGGUAAGGCCACCUAUGUCAGAGAUCGUAGCGAUGUUGACAUGGAAGGUCGAAAUGGUCAAAUCACCAAUAAAACCGACAUUCUUGGAUGGGCGAAAACGAAUGAAGGAUGAUGAGAAGGUAUCUUGGGAAGCCAUCUCAGAUUAUUUCUCUUCUUUCAUAAGUGAAUCAAUCAUCUUGACUCAACCUCCAAACUCUGGAGAUUUCAAUGUCAACCAAAGCUCUUCAGCAAAACCAACGAAAGAUUUCCGGCGACAGAAAUCCGCCGGUAAAAUAAAGCAUCCGCCGGUAAACUCGACGGAAAAUGAAUCACCGGCGCCCUCUUUUCCGGCGGACAAAUCCGCUGGAAAGUAUUACUUCCGGCAGAUUUGUCCGCCGGAAAAGAGGGCCUUUUUGGUUGAUAUCAUGAAUACAAAUUAUCCAUUUCUAAAAGAUUUAUAUGGUAUCAAAGCAGCAAACUCAUCUCAUACUAGUUCUUUUUCCUUCUUAUCAAUCACCAUGUCUAACGAUACUUUGGUCUCCAACGCCAAAACGGAACCUUAUGGCAUUCACCACUCUGAUAGCCCAUCCACCAUUCUCGUUUCUCCUCUAUUAACCCAGGAGAACUAUGGAUCUUGGAGUCGUGCAAUCACCAUGGCGCUUGGAGCUAAAACAAGCUGGGUCUCAUUAAUGGUUCUCUUCCAAUUAAAAGAAAAGGAAGAGAUCCACUAUUGCGAACGCUGUAAUGAUUUGGGACAUUGUGACAAUUUCUCGACGAUUCGUAGGCAAAUCCUUUUGAUGACACCUUUUCCAUCUAUUCAGUUGAUCUAUAAUAUGGUUUGUCAAGAAGAAAACAACAAGAAAUAA